ACCAUGACCAGAAAUCCUGUAGUAGGCAUCAUACAGGGCAAAUUGAAAGGUUCCAUAUAUAAUUUACUGGAUGGAUCAUCAUGUUACAGCUUCAAGGGCAUCCCUUAUGCACAACCUCCGACUGGAAAGCUUAGAUUUAAGGCACCAUUACCACCCAAGCCUUGGACCGGUGUUUAUGAAGCCAUAAAGCAUGGUCCUGUGUGCCCACAAUAUGACAUGUUUACUUCUGAGGUAGUUAAAGGAGAUGAAAAUUGUUUGUUCCUUAAUGUGUACACAAAAUCACUCUCUCCUGAAGACAAAUUACCUGUUAUGGUGUUUAUCCAUGGUGGAGCUUACAUGAGUGGAUCGGGAAAUGCAGCCAUGUAUGGACCAGAUUAUUUAUUACAACAUGAUGUUAUCCUAGUAACAAUAAACUACAGGCUUGAGGUAUUAGGUUUUUUAAAUCUGGACAUUCCAGAAGUUCCAGGUAAUGCAGGCCUCAAAGAUCAGCUUGCAGCACUUAAGUGGGUAAAAACGAAUAUCAGUAAUUUUGGUGGUGAUCCAAAUAAUAUAACCAUUUUCGGUGAAAGUGCCGGUUCAGCAUCAGUAGCAUGCCAUCUGAUAUCCCCGUUAUCAAAAGGCUUGUUCAACAAAGCUAUAAUGCAAAGUGGAACAUGCAUAGAUGAUUGGGCAAUGUGUGGGGACUCAAAAUUAAGAGCAUUCCAAGUUGGCAAAGUUUUAGGAAAGGACACAGAUAAUCCACAUGAAUUAUUGGAGUUUCUACAAAGCGUGCCUGCCGUUGAUCUUGCUGCACUCACAUUCAAAGUGAGAUCUGACGAUGAGAAACACAGAGGCCUACCAAUAGUGUUUACGCCUACUGUUGAAAAGAAAUUUGAUAAUGUCGAAUCAUUUUUUAAUGUACAUCCACUAGAUGCAUUAGCUGCAGGCAAUGUCAAUAAAGUGCCAAUUGUAAUUGGUUAUAAUUCAGCUGAGAGCAUUCUAAUGAUACCAGAUUUCAUAAAGAAAGCAGAGUUUAAUAAUAAAAACCCGAAAUAUCUUGUACCCAAGGAAAUAUCACAUAAACUACCUGAAGAGAAAGUGACAGAGUUUGGAGAACGCAUUAAAAAGUUUUACCUUGGUGACAAAGAUUUCUGUGAAGAACAAAAUAAUGCACAAGUUGAUUUGUUGUCUGACAAAUAUUUCACGUAUGGUGCUAAUAGAUUUGCAUAUUUGUUUGCCGCAUCAGAACAGCCAAUUUACAAGUACAUAUUUAACUAUAAUUCUGAUUUGAAUUUGUUAAAGACGAUACUAGGACUGUCUGAUUUGAAUGGAACUUGUCACGCAGACGAACUGUUUUACUUGUUCUCUAAUAGUUCAACAAAGGUGUUGUACAACGAGCAGAAAAAAGUAAGGGAAUUGGUGUUCACACUGACAAAAUUGUGGACUAACUUCGCUAAAACUAGCAACCCAACUCCAGAUCAGAGCCUCAACGUGAAUUGGAAGCCGUAUACAGCAUUCAACAAAGAUUAUCUAAGAAUUGAAGAGCCUCUGGCGAUUGCACAGGCUGCCAACAACGAGAGGAUUGAAUUCUGGAACAAAUUGUACUGUGAAGCAGGUCUACCCUACAUUGCUACCCGUAAGAGCAAUCUGUAAAAUGUAAUCAAUGGAUUAUAGUCAUAAUUAUGUACGCAAUAGAGUCGUAAGUUGUGUGUCACUAAGGUGGCUAUAGUACAAUCCUGAGUGGUGAGAAGUAAAUAUAUUCUGAAUUUAAAAAUCAAUAUAAAUAAUUUUAAUUAAAAUAUUAUUUAUUGAUAUUAAGAAUUGGGUUUCAAACGUCGUUUAGAUAAUUAAAAAAAAAUAUAAAAUUACGCAUUUGGUCGGAAAUUAACGCAAUUAUCUUAUUCAUAAGAAAGAACCAUAUGCAAUUGGCAGAAUUGUUUAAAAUACAAGUAAAAUGAUUCAAUAAAAUGAAGAAUUAAAUUUCCAUUGUA